GUAUUAAGAAUAAUAUACCCAGGACCCCGGAAGUGAAUGGUCUGUUUGCUACCAUAUCAAAAACCAUCACUUAGUUAGCUAUGUUUAAUGCUAUCACUUUUGUACGUGGUAAACUAAUAUGGGACCGCUGUCAAAUAGCACGGUGCUGAGAAAUAGAAAGAAGAGAGUUGAAAACGCCCCAGGACCUCAGGUUUGACUUCAAGUGGAUGCAGUUAAUUACACCAUGUUGGUGACAGCAUAUUUUGCCAUCAUUUUCCUGCUUGCCCUGUGUGUUGGCCUCGAGGUCAUAGCACGCCGCCUCACCCCACCUCAGUCUACUCCUACUGCUGUAGCCAACCCAGUUUUCCGUCGCUUCCAGACUAUAUUCCUCCGGGCAUACCUUUUGGCUUUGUGGGCAGACUGGCUCCAGGGUCCUUACCUCUACAAACUGUACCGCCACUACAGCUUCCUGGAAUCCCAAAUAGCCAUCUUAUAUGUGUGUGGCCUGGCCUCCUGUGUUCUGUUUGCUCCUUUUUCCGGCUGGCUCCCGCAAGUCUUGGGCCGCAGACAGACAUGUCUUCUCUUCUGCCUGUCCUACUCUGCUUGUUGUCUCACCAAGCUGUCCACAGACUACUUUGUUUUGAUUGUGGGUCGGAUCCUGGGGGGUCUGUCCACAUCCCUGCUUACCACCACAUUUGAAUCCUGGUACGUGCACCGCCAUGUAGACGUUCACGAUUUUCCCAAGGAGUGGAUCCCUAGUACCUUCACCAAAGCUGCUACCUGGAAUCAUGGGCUCGCUGUGGGAGCAGGGCUGGUGGCUAACUUGCUGACUGAAUGGCUCCACCUGGGGCCAGUGGCUCCUUUUCUCCUGGCUGUCCCCUGCUUGGUGUGCUGUGGCUGGGUGGUGCUAACCGACUGGGGCAAGGAAGAGGCUGAAGAAGGCCCUGAAGGGGACAAACAAAAACUACUUCUUGGCACUCCAAAUGGAGGUGGGAUCCGUUUGUCUGCGAGGGCCCGUUUCUCACGCAGCUGCCAUGAAGCCUUGCGCUGCCUGCUGUCAGACAGGAGAGUCAUGCUCUUAGGUGGAGUGCAGGCUCUGUUUGAAAGUGUCCUAUAUAUUUUUGUUUUCCUGUGGACCCCAGUACUGGACCCUCAUGGGCCUCCUUUGGGUAUAGUGUUCUCUUGCCUGAUGGCUUCUAGCAUGGCUGGCUCCUUGCUCUACCGCCUAGCCACCUCCACACGCUACCGUCUUCAGCCUGGCCAUGUUCUCUGCCUGGCUGUGCUGAUGGCCUUCUUCUCAUUCUUCAUGCUGACCUUCUCCACCGUCCCAGGUCAACCUAGACCUCAUGAAUCAUUUCUGGCCUUCCUGUUGCUGGAGCUGGCCUGUGGGCUCUACUUCCCUGCAGUCAGCUUUCUCCAGAGCAGGGUGAUCCCAGAGGAGAAGCGGGCCGGUGUGCUGGCCUGGUUCCGGCUGCCUCUGCACCUGCUGGCCUGCCUAGGGCUGCUGGCACUUCAUGGAGAGAUAUCAGGAACAGGUGGAGGGGAGGAGGGCAGCGGAACCAGACACAUGUUUGGAGGCUGUGCAAUCAUGAUGCUGGCAGCUUUGAUGGCUGUUGUCAGUCUGUUCACGCUGGGCAGAAAUGACACAGACCUGAGACUGGAAGGAACCAGGGGAGGGGAGGGGGAAAUGUAUUGAUGAGAUGGACAACAAAUACAGGGUUUUUCCUAGCUCAGAAUGGGCUUUUUUUUACACUAUUGUCGCUUCUUUUUACUUUUGUCGACAUAAAGCCCCACAAAAGUCAGCAAAAAGUUCCGAAACUAUCAUAGAAUUUAGCAAAUCAAGCAAAACAAAGAUUACAUUUUUGAAAGCAGGCUACCACACAGCCAACUCACAGCAAGUGUGUGUUGCGUAAUUGCAGUUUGAAAAACAGUUUCCUGUCUUUUUGGUUUGGCGUACAACUAGGCAGGCCAAAAUUGAUUGUGAACUUAAAUUGAUAUGCGAGCCGGAUAAAAAUUUGUGAGGAGCUGGGUUCGGCCUGUGGGCCUCGAGUUUGACACCUGUGGGGUACAGUAAACGAAACGAGUCUGUGCUACCUUAUUUGAUAGAAAUCUAUGCAUUUCCCUGUUAUUUCUGACAAUUUGAUGAACAGAAAUGUAUAUUAUGCUUGAGUAAAAAAGUAACCCAAUUAACAAACGUGUUAAGAGAAAUAAUAAUCAUAUUUUAUUUAUAGUAUCAAAUAGGGCUGGGCGAUAUAUCGAUAUUAUAUCGAUAUUGUGA